UGUUUGUGUGAAGGUAUGGCCUGUUUGCUACACCCUAGAAUGUUGCACUUAAAAUCUUUUAAUUUAUUAAAAAUUAUUUUAGAAAUUACUUCAGAAGAAGAAGGUUCUACCAUACAGUGGAUAUCAUCUGUGGAAGCAAAGAUUGAAGAUAAAAAGGUUAAAAAAGAAAAUAAACUAACUUCAGGAAAGUUGGAGCUUAUCAGAAAAGAAAAGAUAAACUUCUUGCGGAAUAAACACAAAAUUCAUAUCCAAGGAACUGAUCUUCCUGACCCAAUUGCUACAUUUCAGCAACUUGAACAAGAAUAUAAAAUCAAUUCUCGACUGCUUCAGAACAUUCUAGAUUCAGGUUUCCAAACACCUACACCAAUCCAAAUGCAAGCCAUUCCAGUUAUGCUGCAUGGUCGAGAACUUCUGGCUUCUGCUCCUACUGGUUCUGGAAAGACUUUGGCUUUUAGCAUUCCCAUUUUAAUGCAACUGAAACAACCCACAAAUAAAGGCUUCAGAGCCCUGAUUAUAUCACCAACACGAGAACUUGCCAGCCAGACUCAUCGAGAGUUAGUAAAAAUAUCUGAGGGAAUGGGAUUCAGAAUACACAUGAUCCACAAAGCAGCAAUUGCAGCCAAGAAAUUUGGAUCAAAAUCAUCUAAGAAAUUUGAUAUUCUUGUAACUACUCCAAAUCGACUAAUCUAUUUAUUAAAACGAGAUCCUCCAGGAAUAGACUUAACAAGUGUUGAAUGGCUGGUAGUAGAUGAAUCAGAUAAACUAUUUGAAGAUGGCAAAACUGGGUUCAGAGACCAGCUGGCUUCUAUUUUCCUGGCCUGCACAUCCCACAAGGUCAGAAGAGCUAUGUUCAGUGCAACUUUUGCAUAUGAUGUUGAGCAGUGGUGCAAACUCAACCUGGACAAUGUCAUUACUGUGUCCAUUGGAGCAAGGAAUUCUGCAGUAGAGACUGUAGAACAAGAACUUCUCUUUGUUGGAUCUGAAACGGGAAAACUUCUAGCUAUGAGAGAACUUAUUAAAAAGGGUUUCAAUCCACCUGUUCUUGUUUUUGUUCAGUCCAUUGAAAGGGCUAAAGAACUUUUUCAUGAGCUCAUAUAUGAAGGUAUUAAUGUGGAUGUUAUUCAUGCAGACAGAACACAGGAACAGAGAGAUAACACAGUCCAAAGCUUCCGAGCAGGAAAAAUCUGGGUCCUUAUUUGUACAGCCUUGCUAGCCAGAGGGAUUGAUUUUAAAGGUGUGAACUUGGUGAUCAACUAUGACUUUCCAACAAGCUCAGUGGAAUAUAUCCAUAGGAUCGGUCGAACUGGAAGAGCAGGGCAUAAAGGAAAAGCUGUUACAUUUUUCACUGAAGAUGAUAAACCAUUAUUAAGAAGCGUUGCCAAUGUUAUACAGCAGGCCGGAUGUCCUGUUCCAGAAUACAUAAAAGGUUUCCAAAAACUAUUAAGCAAACAAAAGAAAAAAAUGAUUAAGAAGCCAUUGCAAAGGGAGAGCAUUAGUACAACUCCAAAAUACUUCUUAGAAAAGGCUAAGGAUAAACGGUAAGUAAAUGGUGAGAAAAUUAAC